GCAUGUGAUGUUAUGACCACCACAUGCUUUUGUCACGUUUACUAUUCAGAAAUUAAGUAUUUUCUGGUACAACUUUCAACAAACAUGACGUUAUUAGGUUCUCUCUCUUCUUAUAUAUAGACACAAAACACUCGAUAACCAAGUUCAUAUCUACAAAAAAAAGAGCAAAAGAGAAGAAAAACAGAGGAAGAGAACAAAUGGCUAUCUUGUUCUGUUUCUUCUUGGUUUCAAUUCUUACUCUCUUAACAUCGAUCUGUCUUAAAAGGAUGACAAACUCAAAGUUUAAACUUCCUCCAAGCCCUUCAAGUCUUCCAAUCAUUGGAAACUUGCAUCAUCUUGCAGGACUGCCUCAUCGAUGUUUUCAUAACCUCUCCAUCAAACACGGACCAGUGAUGCUUCUCCGUCUCGGGUCUGUUCCAGUGGUUGUGAUCUCAUCGAGUGAAGCAGCUGAAGCAGUUCUCAAAACUCAUGACUUGGAAUGUUGCAGCCGACCAAAGACGGUAGGGACCGGAAAACUCUCUUACGGUUUCAAAGACAUUAAUUUUGGACCGUACGGUGAGUAUUGGCGGGAGAUGCGCAAACUCGUGGUCACCGAGCUUUUCAGUCUUAGAAAAGUUCAAUCAUUCAGGUACAUAAGAGAAGAAGAGAGUGACUUCAUGGUGAAGAAAGUAUCAGAAUCCGCUUUGAAACAAUCUUCUGUGGAUCUAAACAAAACUUUCUUCUCCCUGGCCGCAAGUGUAAUUUGUAGAGUAGCUUUAGGACAGAACAUCCACGAGAGCGGCUUCCUUAUUGACCAAGAAAAGAUCGAGGGACUUGUUACCGAAGCAGCGGAAGCUCUAGGGAGUUUCACUUUCUCUGACUUCUUCCCUGGUGCACUCGGAAGAUUUGUAGACUGGUUGUUUCAACGACACAAGAAAAUUAACAAAGUCUUUGAAGACCUUGAUGUCUUUUACGAGCAAGUUAUUGAUGAGCACUUGAAGCCAGAAGGAAGGAAAAAUCAAGAUAUUGUUUCCUUGAUAUUGGAUAUGAUCGAUAAACAAGAAAGUGAAGAUUCUUUCAAACUCGAUAUCGAUAAUCUCAAGGCAGUCCUCAUGGAUAUAUUUCUCGCGGGGGUUGAUACAAGCGCCAUAACUAUGAUUUGGGUGAUGACCGAGCUCGCUAGAAACCCUCGUGUGAUGAAGAAAGCUCAAGAAAACAUUCGAGCCACCCUAGGGCUCGAAAGGGAGAGAAUCACUGAAGAAGACCUAGGAAAAGUUGAUUACUUGAAGCUCGUAAUAAAGGAAACAUUCAGACUACACCCACCAGUUCCACUUUUGCUCCCAAGGGAAACAAUGUCUCACGUCAAGAUUCAAGGCUACGACAUUGCCCCAAAGACACAAAUCCAAGUUAACGUAUGGACCAUAGGACGUGACCCCAAGCGUUGGACCAACGCUGAAGAAUUCAUCCCUGAGCGGUUUGAAGAUAGUUCUGUAGAUUUUAGAGGACAACACUUUGACUUAAUACCGUUUGGUUCUGGUCGAAGGGUAUGUCCUGCGAUGGUAAUGGGGAUUGCUACCGUGGAGUUGGGCCUGAUGAAUUUGCUUUACUAUUUUGAUUGGAAAUUGCCUGAUGGAAUGAAAGUUGGAGACAUUGAUAUGGAAGAAGCUGGCAUUCUCAGCACUGUCAAGAAACUACCUCUUGAACUUGUGCCCCUUCAACGCCAUUAAUGGGCAGUCAGUGAAGCUCUACAACACGGUGAUAGUUUGUGUGAACCGAACCUUGUAGAUAUUUCGAAAUUAUUGUAAAAUAUAAUAAAGAUUUAAUGUAAUUUAUCCUAAAGUAAUAAAGUUUGACAAGUGAUCGAAAGAUCUUAUUAUUA